UCACUGCUCCAUAGGUCUGGAAACAGCUGAUUUGUUUAAUCAUUGAUCACUGUUAUGACCACAUGUUUGUGAUAUUAAACAUGUUUGCUUAAUUGAAUAUCUUAUAAUUCUUGAAAAUUUUUCGCACUCGUAAAGUUUUUAUAAACAUAUUAAGUUAUAGUUAAAAUAAGACUUGAAUGGAAUUUUGCAUUUCGAGUCAUUAUAUUUUUUUGUAAAUCAUAUCAAAUUUUUUAAGUGAAAAAUAAAAUGGCUGACCGUGAUAGUGCAUCCGAAAGCGACUCAAGUUCUAUAGACGGAGGACCAAUUAUGAUGCCUCCGUCACCGAUAACUCGAGAGCAAUUGCAAAAACGUAUUGAAUCUCUCCAACAGCAUAACCGAGUAUUGAAAGUUGAACUUGAAACUUACAAACUUCGAGUGAAGGCACUUCAAGAAGAAAAUCGUGGACUCCGACAGGCUUCAGUGAUCAUUCAAGCCAAAGCAGAACAAGAAGAAGAAUUCAUCAGUAAUACUUUAUUAAAAAAAAUUCAAGCUUUAAAAAAAGAAAAAGAAACAUUAGCUCAUCAUUAUGAGCAAGAAGAAGAAUGCCUAACUAAUGACUUAUCAAGGAAAUUGAAUCAGCUAAGACAAGAAAAAUGUAAAUUAGAGCAAACUUUAGAGCAAGAGCAAGAGUGUUUAGUAAAUAAAUUGAUGCGAAAAAUUGAAAAAUUAGAAGCUGAAACUUUGGCAAAACAGAGUAAUUUGGAACAGUUACGCAGAGAAAAAGUUGAAUUGGAAAAUACUUUAGAACAAGAACAAGAAGCAUUAGUGAAUAAGCUAUGGAAACGAAUGGAUAAAUUAGAAGCUGAGAAAAGAAUGCUUCAAAUAAAGUUAGAUCAACCAGUUUCUGAUCCAACUUCUCCCAGGGAAAUAAGCAAUGGUGAUGCUGCAACAAAUCUUAGUACACACAUACAAACUCUUAGAAGUGAAGUCGCGAGAUUGAGACACACUCUCUUAAUGUCACAACAAGAACAUACCGAAAAAAUGCAGCGCUAUGUUAAUGAAGAAAAACAUAUAAAAGAAGAAAAUUUGAGACUGCAGCGGAAAUUACAGUUGGAAGUUGAACGUCGGGAAGCUCUCUGUAGACAUUUGUCAGAAUCUGAAUCCAGUUUAGAAAUGGAAGAAGAACGUCAUUAUAACGAGAUUGUCAUGUCAGGCAGUAACAUAAGGAACCGAACAGUAUCAAGUCCAAUACCACACAAUCCGUCGCCAAGCUCAUCUAGACCUUUGAGCCCUGGAAUCAAUAUAGUUGGCUCUACCACACGUGACAGCUUUACAUCUAAUCGCUGUUUUGCAUGUGGCCAACCAAUAGUGCUUCCAUUUUCUAGCUCUCCACCUUCAAGUAUUGGGCAUAUAGCUCCUUCUUCAAACAGACGUACUUCUGACAGAUUUAUUAAACCUGCAAUUCCACCAACUAUAAUUAGUUCUGGUGGACCUCAAUCAUCGUUACCUAUUACUAAUACAUCUGCUGGCUGCCCAAUGGAUAUAGCUAAAACAUGAAGUGAUGAUAAAAAUGUUCAGAUAAAUUAACUUUUUAAUAGCCAACAAACAAAUACAAAAUAUUAUCGUCAUUGACAAACUGAAAACUUGAAGGUUCAUGUUUAAUAAAUCAUUAAUUCAUAAUUUGUUCAAUAGACUUUUAUACCACUACAAGUCGUGGUGAAAUACGUUAUUUGUAUGUUUUAUCAUA